CCUCUCUCUCUCUCUCUCUCUCUCUCUUCCUUUGAUUUGGCCCUCUCUUUACAGUAGCAAGAAACAUGGCAGGGAUUGCGUUUGGACGGUUUGAUGACUCGUUCAGCUUCGGCUCCUUGAAGGCCUACUUGGCCGAGUUCAUCUCCACCUUGAUCUUUGUGUUUGCUGGUGUUGGCUCAGCCAUUGCUUAUGAUAAGUUGACAUCAGAUGCUGCUCUUGAUCCAUCUGGGCUAGUGGCAAUAGCAGUUUGCCAUGGGUUUGCUCUCUUUGUUGCAGUGGCAGUGGGUGCAAAUAUCUCUGGUGGCCAUGUCAAUCCAGCUGUCACUUUGGGGCUGGCCCUGGGUGGCCAGAUCACCAUCCUCACAGGCAUCUUCUACUGGAUUGCCCAGCUUGUUGGCUCCAUUGUUGCUUGCUUGCUUCUCAAAGUUGUCACUGGAGGACUGGCAAUUCCUGUUCACAGUCUUGCAGUUGGAGUUGGAGCGAUCGAAGGGGUGGUCAUGGAGAUCAUAAUCACCUUUGCAUUGGUCUACACUGUGUAUGCCACAGCAGCUGACCCAAAGAAGGGCUCAUUGGGAAUAAUUGCCCCCAUAGCCAUUGGCUUCAUCGUCGGCGCCAACAUCUUGGCCGCCGGCCCGUUCUCCGGCGGGUCCAUGAACCCAGCCCGUUCCUUUGGGCCCGCCGUGGUCAGUGGAGACUACCACGACAACUGGAUCUACUGGGUCGGGCCCCUCAUCGGAGGUGGCCUGGCGGGACUCAUCUACGGAAACGUGUUCAUGCACUCGGACCAUGCACCUCUUGCCAACGAGUUCUAAGUUAAUCAAAUUAAACCAUGUGUGCGCUUACAAUCCCACUGUUCUUGUAAUAAAAGAGAGAGGAGCAGAUUCUGCUGCUCUUUCUUUUCUUUUUUCUCUUCUUUCUUUGUUUUCAGCUUUCUCUGAUUUGGUUGUUGUAAAGCCUUGUGUUGUGGUCCAUUGUCUUGUCAAGAAAAUGAAUGAAGUUGGUGAGCUGU